AUUCCCUCUUGCAUCUGGCAGCAAGUCCCAGCGUGGAAGGGAUUGACUGGGAUGCUGUAGCAGGCACCACAUCAACAGUGGAUGAGGAGCUGCUGAGGGAGAAGAGGGAGGAAGGUUUGAUGCAAUGCAGGAGGUGAGUGCCAGCCCUCUGUGAGCUGUGAGGAAAGCAAAGUGGGGUGGCAAAGAGGGGAAAAUUGCAGUCAGAAGCAGACGUGGAAAGUGGUGAGAGCUGCAGGCAUUUCUGGUGCUGUGAGAGCUGGGAGGAUUGCUGGUGCUGCUUCUGAGCAGUGAAAAGGGGGUUUGGGUGCUGAUGGGGACUUGAACAGCUGUGGAACUUCUCGGACUUGAAACGAAGGGGAACCCAUGGAUGGUUUUUACUCCUCCACAGAAGGAGGUGGGCAGGAUGUGAUCAAUGGCACCGGCGGGAGGAAGAGCUGGGUGGAGGAAAGCAGCUCCAAGUUGUCCUUCCGUGUGGUGGCAGCUACCUUGCUGUCCCUUCUCAUCCUCUCCACGCUCUUGGGCAAUGCCCUGGUGUGUGUGGCUGUGGUCAAGUUCAGACACUUGCGCUCUAAGGUCACCAGUAUCUUCAUCAUCUCCUUGGCGGUGUCUGACCUCUUUGUGGCUGUCCUGGUGAUGCCCUGGAAGGCUGCCACCGAGGUGGUGGGGUUCUGGCCUUUUGGGGCUUUCUGUGAUGUUUGGGUGGCUUUUGACAUCAUGUGCUCCACAGCCUCGAUCCUCAACUUGUGUAUCAUCAGCGUGGACCGGUACUGGGCCGUUUCCAACCCCUUCCGCUAUGAGAGGAGGAUGACGCAGCGCGUGGCUUCCACCAUGGUCGCGCUCGCUUGGCUGCUCUCCCUCUUGAUCUCUUUCAUCCCUGUGCAGCUGAAGUGGCACAAGGAUCGGGAGCUCCUUACCCAACAGGAGCUGGGUUUUAACAUCACCGGGGAGGAGGAGAACUGCGAUUUCAGCCUCAACAGGACUUACGCCAUCUCGUCUUCUCUCGUCAGCUUCUACAUCCCCGUUGCCGUCAUGCUGGUGACGUACACCCGCAUCUUCCGCAUCGCCCGGCGGCAGAUCCGCAGCAUCUCCUCCCUGGAGAGGGCGGUGGAGCAUGCCCAGAGCUGCCACAGCAGCGACUGCCCUCACAAGUCUUCCCUGAAGAACUCCUUCAAGAAGGAGACCAAGGUCCUCAAAACCCUCUCCAUCAUCAUGGGCGUCUUUGUCUUCUGCUGGCUGCCCUUCUUCGUGCUCAACUGCAUGGUGCCCUUCUGUGAUCCUGAUCUGCAUGAGCCCGGAGAGCUGCCUUGUGUCAGCGAGACCGUCUUCAACAUCUUUGUCUGGUUUGGGUGGGCCAACUCUUCCCUCAAUCCUAUCAUCUACACCUUCAACGCAGACUUCAGGAGAGCUUUUGCAACCCUCUUGGGCUGUGGCUGCCUUUGCCCCAGCAAUGCGGUGGAGACGGUGAACUUCAGCAAUGAGCUGGUCUCCUACCACCACGACACCACAUACCAGAAGGAAGCGGUGACCCUCAGCUACCACCAGCUUCUCCCCCACGUUGCUCUGCACAUGGAGAACAAGGAGAUGGCCUUUGGCAAGGAUUCUCAGGCCUCUGAGCCUUCUCCCACCACCAGCCCUGCAGUGAUGCACGUGGAGCGUGAAGUGGCUGUCUCGCUGGAGAAGAUUGCCACCAGCAGUGUGUUCAAUUGAGACAGGGCUGGGAAAAGGGUGGUGGGAUGGUCUUGAGGAGAGAUGGAAUCGGGGACUGUUGCACUUGCCUGUUUCCUGAGGACUUUCUGGAUAAUGUGGGUAUUGCACUCUGGGCAGGAGCCCUGGC